AGUUAACAGAGCUUUCUCCAUCCAUUCCCUGAACACGGCUAGUACCUGCUGCUGUUGUUGACAGUGAUUAUCAUCAUGGAUGAAGAGGAUCACUACAACUUUGAUGAUGAAGCAGAGAAGAUACUGCAGAAGCCAUUGACUGAGGCUCAGAUCAAGUGUAAAAGCCGCUGUAUGCUGGCCACUGGUGAGACUGUCCCACUGGUCAAGUGUGAAGAUGACCAGUGUGGGUGUGGACAGUACCACUGUCCAUUCUGCCCCACAAGGCAGUUCAAGCCGACCACACCCACCAAGGUCAGGAGUCACCUGAUGUGUCACAUUAAAGCAGCUGUCAAAUAUGAAGGGAAGUUCAUCAUUCGCUGUCACACAGAAGGCUGUAAUCCUCCAGAGGAACGCCUGGGUCACUACCACUGUCCAGUGGAAACAUGUCCUUACUCCUUUGACAGGUCCAGAACAGUGAUGACCCAUCUCAAGAAAUUCCAUGACAUCAUUGUGGCCCCAGACGGGACAACCAAAAUGUUGGACCCGCGAAGAGGCGUUGUAUGGAGGAUAAAACAAAAGCUGUUGUGGAAAAAUAAUCUGGCAGCGAAGGAGAGGGCAAGCAAAGAGGCAGGGGGUGCGCCUCCUCGAGGGUCGACACCUCCACCGAAUGCUAUUUUGGAUGAUCUAGCUUUGAAAUGUUUUCAUGGGAAAUUAGAGGAGGAACUGGAAGAGGUAGAUGCUGGUGAUUAUAAUCCAAAAGCUAGGGAGGACAUGUACAGGAGAGCUGCCACAGGUGACCCAACCAAAGACUAUGAUGUGUAUGUCCUGCCGGAGCACAUUAAAAUCCCAGCAGGGGGCAUCACUGAGAGUAGGAAAAAUACUGAAGAUGGCAGUACUGAUCAGGAUGGGAUCAAAAAGGAGCAAGAAGACAUCUCAAACUUGGAUGGAUCACAAGAUGAAUCUCAAGUUGCAUCAAACAGUUCUGGCAGUGGGAUGACACCAAUACAGCUGUGGUGCAAAUCUGUCAGCAUAGUUGGUCCCGAGGACAAGUUUCCUGUGCGGCGCUGUAAGAGUCCCGGGUGUAACUGUGGUCUGUAUCACUGUCCCCUGUGUCCCAUAACACUGUAUAUACCAGGCACUAAGAGUAACCUUCACUACCACUACAAACAGCAUGGCAUAUAUGGAUAUGCAUAUGGAGACACAAUGAUCCUGAAGAGCCACAUAGAGCUGUGCACACCUAAUGGUCAGUCAAUGAAGGGACACGUCCACUGCCCUGUAGAUGGCUGCACUGUUGUCUCACAGUACAGACGAACCAUGGAGACCCAUCUGAGGCGCGUGCACCAGUCUGGUUUUCAGGUGGGGAAUACAGCCUCCGGAACACAGCAGGAUGAGGUUGUUCAGCCAUCUCCUUGCUUGUCAGGAAAUGCAUUCAAGAUACGUGCCUCUAAAGUUGAAAAGCUAUGUGACCAGAAGCCGGUACUGGUGAAGGACGUGAACCAGUUGCUGUCUAUGAUGAAGAAAUGUCGAGAUAAAGAGUGUGGUUGCUACGCCUACCACUGCCCCCUAUGUGCCACUUCACAAUUUAAACCCAACAAAUAUGCCAAGGUCAAAAGCCAUGUGCUUGUACACAUGAAAACUGCGGUCAAGUACAGAAAGAAGUACUUGGUUAAGGUGUACCAGCCUGGCUGUAAGGGGCAAUCCAUUGACCACUAUCACUGUCCAGUGUGUUCCAAAGCCAUUUGCAAAAAACAAAAACUACUGGAGCAUUUGUAUAACCAUAUAUUGGAAGGCAAACCAAGACCUGCACAGGUCUUCAGUACUGUUGCAGCAGUGGUGAGUCCAGAACUGUUAGACUUCAUCCCCGGGGACAAGGAGAUCUAUCUCCAGGAGGUGGCCGAGAGGACGAGAGUCAACCUGUACUACAACAAUGACUGGUGUGUGAUGCAGGGGAGUCUGGAGGCGGUCAGGGGCUGUCAGGACUUGCUGGCGAAGUUCACACAAGAUGGAGACUCGGAUCUGGAGGAGGAGACUGGUUAUCAGGAUACAGAAAUGAGUGUAGAUGGAAAUGAGAACCUGGAUGAUGCUGAUGAAGGUGAAGGUGAAGGUGAAGAAGAAGAAGAUGAUGAUGAUGAUGCCAUGAGCGAGUCUUUGACAUCAUUUCCUUCCAGCGUCAACACCACACCUUCAAAACCACCGCAAGGGGGCAGUGUGACCAUCAGCAAGACAACCCAUCCAGUAGUGACAUCUUUGCUAGCGCUGCAAGACAGCCCUGCAUCCAGCAGCAAGACAAACCAGUCCAGUGUAAACUGCUCUCCAAGGAGAAGUGGCAGGGUAAGCCAUGUCCAGGGAAAGUACAGGAGCCUGCUCUCAGAACCCACACACACCGAAAGCCCAGACAAAGUUGACCACACAUACCAGACUGUGAGCAAGACGGACAUCAGCCCUGAAAGGACGGAAAAAAAUAAAGCACAGAAAGCGGUAGAAGAGGUGGAAAGAAGCAGUGAGGCGACGCAUGAUAUGGAAGACUCAAGUAUGGGCCACUUAGAAGAGGAUCUGAGUCAGCUUGAAAGGGCUGUGGCCUCAGGGGCAUUAAUAGAGUCUCAAGCCACAGUGUCAGAAGUUCUCAGUAAAGCUAAUCCCAUCUUAAGCAUCGAGUCCCAGUCCAACGGGGAAGUGACGCUUUCUCUGAGACUGCCGCCUGUGGAGCACGUUAAACACGAAGUGAAGAAGAAGAGCAAGAACAGUAAACCGUGGGUGAAGGAGAGACAUAAAGCUGGUGGUCAUUACGAGUGCCCGACUUGUGGCCGUGUGUUUGCUAUGCCUCACUACCUUACAAGACACCUCAACAGGAAGAUUUGUGGAGAAGAGGGGAAGGAUAACGCCAAGUUUGGCCCCUGGACAAGGUGCAGUAUCUGUGGCCAGCAUGCAGAGAGAGAUCACCAUUACAAGUACCACGCAGAGAUGACUGUGACCUGUGCUGAAUGCGGGGAGUCCAUGACUCCCUUGAUGUACCAGGACCAUCUGAUGGAGACGGGGCAUAAUGGGUACAAUCGCUACCUGGCACCAGGGUCCGGACCCAGGGGAAAGAUGGUGUGCAGUUUGUGUGGUAACGUCUAUAAUAAGGCCAGCAUGAAUGAUCACAUCAAGCACAUCCACAUGGGCGUCAGGGACCACACGUGCAACCUCUGCGGAAAGAGUUUUCAGAACAAGUCCGUGUUAAAGAACCAUGUGGAAACGCACAAGGAGGCCGAGGCACGCGACAGGCCACAUAAAUGCCCCCACUGCCCUGCUGCGUUCUUCAAGCCGAUGGUGCUGGCCGAGCACAUCAACAGGCACACGGGAGACAGGCCCUUCAAGUGUGAUUUGUGCGAUAAAACUUUUGCGUACCGAACCGUCCUGCAGAAGCACAGGUUCACCCAUGGCCAGGCAGGCUCUCACCAGUGCGAUGUGUGCCACAGGAGAUACAGGAGCAAACACCACCUGCGGAAGCACAGGGUGAUGCAUGAUGGGAACAGGUACAGGUGCCCCUGCGGCAAAGUGUACACGAGGAAGAUGACGUAUUGGAAACACGGGAAGACGUGCCCCAUGUACAUGAAGAAGCCUCUGACUACGCCCACGCCCACAUCUAGUGCUUCGGUGGAUGUUAUUGAGGAAAGCGUGCCACCAGAGACGGAAGCCUCGACUGCAUCCAUCCUCAUAGAAGAGGUGGCAGUGAUGGAAGAGGCACAGAAGCAGGAGGGAAUUAGUGAGUUCAUGUGUGGACAUUGUUAUGAAAUUUUCCGAACUCUGGACGAGGCACAGGUUCACAUAGCCACUCAUGCCCAACCUGGUCAAGAAGUAGAGUUUGAAUCUGUGGACCAGGUGGUGACCUCAUAAUAUUGGUGAUGGACUCUCAAACACAGCAGGGACAGAAUGUACAGUUUGAGUCUAUGGACUUUGUGGUGACCAUGUAAUAUUUUGUUAUGGACUUUCAGGCACAACUAACAUAAUGUACAGAUUGAGUCUGUGGACCGUGUGGUGACAACGUAAUAUUUUGUUAUGGACUAUCAGGCGCAGCCGUAACAAAAUGUACAGAUUGAGUCUGUGGACCAGGUGGUGACCACUUAAUAUUGUGUUAUGGACUAUCAGGCACAGCUAGAACAGAUUGUUUACCAUUUGUAUUGUUUAUGUUAAACAAGCAUUGGUUUUUAAUAAUGUACAUAAAAUUCUGACAUGUUCAUACAGAUAUCACAUAAUACAAUGAUUAAGCAUGCCCAUCUAUGUCCAGUCCUGUAUUUACACUGCAUUAUCACUUUUUAAUUAUGAUGUGACUGUUGAAAUUGAAAGUUCGUUUUGCAUUUGCUUCAUAUAUAUUCAUUAUAUAAUUACACCGCAGUAAAUAAUAUAAAACAAUUGUCAACUUUGGCAUUCGGUCACUGUUGUUUUGCUGACCUCCAAAAAAAAUAUCACAAUUAUUUCAUAUUAUCAGAUUAUGGUUAUCAAGCAAAUAUUUCAUUUUGCUAAAAGAGAUUAUCCCUCUUUUUUUUCUUUAAGGUGUUUGUUGAAGAUAAAUUAUAAAUUUUUAUCUCUUCUGUUUUGUUGAAGUUGCUAUUUCAAGUGAAAUACACUGUUUAAUUCUAGUUAAGAUCUGGCCUUUGCAUUUCAUGCUUUUUUUUAACAGAUGCACUUCAUUAAUAGAGGCGCAACAAGUUAAAAUUACAUUCAG